AUGGCGAAGAGGCACUUGGCUCUUGCAGUCGCCAUUGCGGCAUUGCUAAUUGUCCUCUCCGCGCCUGUCCAGGCACUGCUCGCGCCGCCUGUUCUCCUCUGCAACAUGACCCAGGCGGGGCUCGAGGCCUGCGAGCUGGCGGUCACUGCCAGGAAGAAGAUCCCCGCCACGCCGCCUCCUGCGUGCUGCGCCGCUCUGGCCGAGGCCGACCUGGCUUGCCUCUGCGCGUUCAAGAGAAACAACCUCAGCCUGCUCAAGUACCUGAAGAUCGACCCCAGGCUCGCCUCCAAGCUGCCCGCCAGGUGCCGCCUCGCCUCCCCGCCUAAGUGUUGA